GACCCUGCUCCCCCCCCUCGCGAGUCUCGCGAGAAGCCGGGAUUUAUUCCUACGUGCUGUGCCGUGCUGCUCAUGGCGGCGCUGGAGCGGGGGCGCUGAGCUGUUGGGUAUGAAGUGUAACAGAAUAGAAUUUACCACCUGAAACUGCUGCUUCAAGUUCAGAUCAGGAAAGGAACACAUUACAUCGUAACAACAAGACCAAAGAAGAGUAAACUUUACACUGAAGACACAACACUUGAUCUGAAACAAGAAGUUUGUGCCUACUCAACAGCUUCAAAAGAGCACGUCCCAACGCUGCUAGUAGUCUUUGUUUUCUGCAGUACUGUGCUGAAAUUGCCCAGUGCAGCACCAGUUAUUCUUUAUUAGCUUGAUAGAUCACUUGUCUCUUGCUAUUUCUUUUUUUUUUAACAAUAGCAAUCUUCAAACUUUGAAACGUGUGCUGAAACGAAGAAUCGGCAAAUACUACUGAAAGUGCAAUAUUAGAAUAUCACUGCGAGCAUUAUAAAAUUAAGUUGAAACAGGCGUAAAAAUAUGGCAAGCACCUGGAAAGAAUUUGUUGAAUUUUCCAUGCCGUCUUCUCCCCCUACUGCAUACGUUAGUGCCAACCUGGGCAAUGCAUCUCCAGUCGGACUGAAUUUAUCACCUUAUGGCCAAUCAAUGAGCUUUGAUCCAAACCUUCUCCAUAACAAUGGACACAACGGGUACCCCAAUGGUACUUCUUCAGGAUUGCGCGAAACUGGGGUUAUUGAAAAACUGCUGGCCUCCUAUGGAUUCAUUCAGUGUUCAGAACGGCAAGCUAGACUGUUCUUCCAUAGUUCACAGUAUAAUGGCAAUCUACAGGAGCUCAAAGUAGGAGAUGAUGUUGAAUUUGAAGUAUCUUCUGACCGGAGAACUGGAAAGCCGAUUGCAAUUAAACUGGUGAAGAUAAAAACUGAGACCUUACCUGAAGAACGAAUAAAUGGACAAGUUGUGUGUGCUGUUCCUCACAACUUAGAGAGUAAGUCUCCAGCUGCCCCGGGUCAGAGUCCAACAGGGAGUGUAUGCUACGAACGUAAUGGGGAAGUCUUCUACUUAACUUACACCCCAGAAGAUGUUGAAGGAAAUGUUCAAUUGGAAACUGGAGACAAAAUUAACUUUAUUAUUGAUACAAAUAAACAUACUGGUGCUGUAAGUGCUCGGAAUAUUAUGCUUUUGAAAAAGAAACAAGCUCGAUGUCAAGGAGUAGUUUGUGCCAUGAAGGAAGCCUUUGGAUUCAUUGAGAGAGGUGAUGUUGUAAAGGAGAUAUUCUUUCACUAUAGUGAAUUUAAAGGUGACCUGGAAGCCUUACAGCCUGGUGAUGAUGUGGAGUUCACAAUCAAAGACAGAAAUGGUAAAGAAGUUGCAACUGAUGUAAGGCUUUUGCCUCAAGGAACUGUUAUUUUUGAAGAUAUUAGCAUUGAACACUUUGAGGGAACUGUAACAAAAGUAAUUCCAAAAGUACCCAACAAAAAUCAGAAUGACCCAUUACCUGGACGCAUAAAAGUUGAUUUUGUGAUUCCUAAAGAACUUCCCUUUGGAGACAAAGAUACAAAAUCAAAGGUGACACUUUUGGAAGGUGACCACGUUAAAUUCAACAUUUCAACAGAUCGGCGUGACAAAUUGGAACGAGCCACUAAUAUUGAAGUUCUUCCUAAUACUUUUCAAGUCACUAAUGAGGCUAGAGAAAUGGGUGUGAUUGCUGCAAUGAGGGAUGGCUUUGGUUUCAUUAAAUGUGUUGAUAGAGAUGCCCGCAUGUUCUUUCACUUCAGUGAAAUUUUAGAUGGUAACCAGCUCCACAUUUCAGAUGAAGUGGAAUUUACUGUUGUUCCUGAUAUGCUGUCUGCUCAAAGAAAUCAUGCUAUAAGGAUUAAAAAACUACCGAAGGGCACAGUUUCAUUCCAUACCCAAUCAGAUCAUCGUUUUAUUGGCACUAUAGAAAAAGAAGCCACUUCUGUCAAAUCCACUAGUCCAAAUAAAGGCAAAGAAAAGGAACCUGAAGAGGGAGUAAUUGCUUAUGAUGAUUGUGGUGAAAAGCUGACUAUUCCCUAUCAGGCUAAAGAUGUGGAAGGAUCUACAACUCCUCAGAUAGGAGAUAAGGUUGAAUUUACAGUCUGUGAAGUAAAAAGAACUGGGUUGCAAACAGCUACUUCUGUUCGACUGCUUGGUAGAAAUUAUAGUUCAAAAAGACUUUUGGGAUAUGUUGCAACUCUCAAGGAUAACUUUGGAUUUAUUGAAACAGCCAAUCACGAUAAGGAGAUCUUCUUUCAUUACAGUGAAUUCUGUGGUGAUAUCGAUAGCUUGGAACUUGGAGACAUGGUUGAAUAUAGCUUAUCAAAAGGCAAAGGAAACAAAGUCAGUGCAGAGAAAGUGAACAAGACACAUGCAGUAAAUGGCAUCACAGAUGAAGCUGACCCAACUUGUUACACGGGUAAAGUUAUUCGCCCUCUCAGGAGUGUAGAUCCUAACCAAUUGGAAUACCAAGGAAUGAUUGAAGUCAUGGAAGAUGGAGAAAUGAAAGGUGAGGUCUAUCCUUUUGGAAUUGUUGGCGUGGCAAAUAAAGGGGACUGUCUGCAGAAAGGAGAGACCGUGAAAUUCCAGCUUUGUGUCUUCGGUCAGAAUGGGCAAACAAUGGCUUGCAACAUAACAGCUUUCCGUAGAGCCACUGUAGAAUGUGUGAAAGAUCAGUUUGGUUUCAUAAACUAUGAAGUGGGUGACAGCAAAAAACUCUUUUUUCAUGUGAAAGAAGUUCAGGAUGGAGUGGAAUUGCAGGCUGGUGAUGAAGUAGAGUUUUCAGUCAUUCUCAAUCAACGCACAGGGAAAUGCAGUGCCUGUAAUGUGUGGCGUGUUAGUGAAGGUGCUAAGGCUGUAGCUGCUCCACGCCCUGACAGACUUGUUAAUCGUUUAAAGAGCAUUACUUUGGAUGAUGCCAGUGCUCCUCGUCUAACUGUGCUUCGUCAGCCAAGGGGACCGGAUAAUACAAAGGGAUUUGGUACAGAGAGAAAGAUUCGUCAAGCUGGUGUUAUCGACUAACUGGUCUCAAAGCAACUAAUAUUAGAAUAAGGGUGGGGUCUGGUGAAGGGUACUGAAUAUCCUUGUAUUCAUCCCUUCCAAAAUCUAAGGAGCUAUUACACCAGUUUUAACACCUUCCUCAUGUUAUGUUUAAAAAUAAAUUUAUGAAACAGUUUUAAAAUAUGCACAGUUGCAUCCUGGAGAACCUAAGGUGGCGCCUUAUAUUAACACAUUUUAGAAGCUUUUUGAAUGGUGCAUUUAAAGCAACUGGUAACUGCAAAUCUACUUUGCCUCUUUAAGUAAAUAUUAUAGACAGUUCUAUUCGGGAAGACCUUAUGAAAUUCUGCACUGAAAAGAAAUAUAUCUAUAUAUAUCUAUAUAUAUAUAUAGACACAACAUGCAUAUAUUUUCUUUAAUUCAAUUUUGCCAAGGUAUUACUAUGCCUUUGGUGUCGAUUAUUUUGUCCUCUCCAAGGCAAGGAAGGCUGAUUUUCUCGUCAUUUUCAUUCAGUUUUGAAGCUCAUAUGAGGAUAGAUAUACUAACCAUAUUAUAUAGAAUCCUAUAUGAGUACUCAGACAUUUAUUUGAUGGCCAAAUGUUUUUUAAUGUCUCAUUUAAAUUCAGAUCCAUUUAGCAAGCAAAAUUAUCUCUUAGAUCUCAUUGAACUUAUUUUCCAAAGUAGACUACUAGGUUUUUUUCUAAUUAACUGCAAUUAGCAUGCAUAGUGCAGAAUUUCAUAAGGAUAAAGUGUGCCAUCAGUGUGGUAACUUAAAGAUAUUUAAAACAAUGCACAAUUUGCUGCUUACAACACUGCAGCUCCUAAACCCGGUUUAUUU